CGGUGCAAGCCCUUGCCGGUCCUCAUCUUGCCAACAUCGACAAUUCCCUGCUUCCAUUGGGCGCCCUUCACUGUUCGUCGACUCUGGGACCGAGGUGCGCCACUAUCAAAAGCCCGUGGACCGUUGUGGCUGCGAUAGUGUCUCAAGAGCCACCCCCGCCAGCGGGUGCAUCCAUUCCUACGCUCGCUUUCCCUGCGCUCUGGAAAUCAGCAGAGAGAUCGCCCGUCAUGACACUGUUGGCGGGCUCCGGUACCACGCUGGUGCUGCGAGGUGUGGCAGCUCUGGUGACGUUGGCCAUUGCGCGCUUCGUCUACAAGGGCUACAACGCCAGGAGGAGGGUUCAGCGGCUUCGGGCACAAGGCAUUCCCCUACUGCCGCAUUCCUGGCUAUGGGGCCACCUCAAGGUCAUGGGCGACUUCCGCAAUGAUUCUCCAGACGAUGCAAACAUAUACGAGUUUCAUGGAUGGCUCAAGCGAAACAUGGCCGCCUACUUCCCGGGCGAGUCCUCGUUACCGGGGGUGGUCUAUCUCGAUAUCUGGCCUUUCUCCGACGGCCUUGCCAUCAUCACAGAUGCGGACAUGGUGCAGCAGUUCAUGCAGAAGCCGGACUUGCCAAAGUCCAUGACUGCAGCGGAAUUCCUUAAGCCACUCACGAAUGCUCGAGAUAUCGUCAGCAUCCCCGGCGGGGCAGAGUGGAAAUUGUGGCGGACGCGGUUCAACCCGAGCUUCUCGCCACGCAAUAUUCAGGCGCUGUUGCCGCAGCUCUUGGAAGAAGUCGAGGUGUUUGUGGAUGUCCUUCGUAGCAAGGCCGGCCGGGCUACGGCACAUGGCAAUGCCUGGGGCCCAAUGUUUCAGCUGCACGAAAAGGCCAUCAAUCUGACCUUCGAUAUCAUCUUGCGGGCCGCCGUUGACAUCCGUCUACGUGAGCAGAGCCGGGAGACUGAAAGCCCCCUGAAGAUCGCCAUGACGAAGCAGAUCGAAAUGAUGUCCAAAAUGGCGCACGGCUCACAAUUCUCGCUGGGCAUCAAGAUGCCCUGGGACCACAAGGCCAUUGCCGACAACAACAAGGUUAUAGCAUCUUAUGUCAUACCUGAGAUUCUGACCAAGAUCGGCGAGGCAGAAGGACAGACAUCACAGCAACCCCAAGAAUCACAGAAUACAAAGACGGCGGCCGACGCAGCCAUCUUUGGAGCUGUCAAGGACAAGAAGAGCAUGGCGAAUGGCAAGGGCAUCGCAGGCUCGCUCGCCAAUGACUCAGAUUUCAUGGACAAGCUCAUUGCCAACUUGAAAGCCUUCCUGUUUGCUGGACACGACACAACAGCCACCACAAUCUGUUUCAUGACCCACGAGCUCGGCAAGCGGCCAGAAUGUCUGCAAAAGCUGCGUGAUGAGCACGAUGAGGUGCUCGGACCCGACCCCUCCAAAGCAUCUGCCGUCCUCCACAAGUCGCCGCACCUCAUGUACCAACUCCCGUACACGACGGCCGUCAUCAAAGAGACACUGCGCCUCCACCCUCUUGCGGCGACCCUGCGAGACGCCCCGAAGGAUUUCAGCCUGGUAUCCAAGGAAACCGGCGUGGCAUUUCCCUUGGGCAGCUUUGCUGCCUGGCUCAGCGCGCCUAUACUUGCUAUUGACGAACGAUACUGGGCUGAGCCUUACCGGUUCAUGCCCGAGCGCUGGCUUGUGGCCGAGGGCGACCCGCUGUACUCGUCGAACCGGGACGCGUGGGCGCCUUUCUCCCUCGGACCCCGCAACUGUAUCGGCAUGGAGCUUGCGCUGAUGGAACUUCGCCUCGUUAGCGUGCUGACGGCGCGCGUGUUCGACAUCGAGGAGGACUGGGAGGAGUGGGAUCGGUCCCGUGGUGAGGAGGCCACGCCAGACCACAAAUUUGCUGGGGGCAGACUGUACGGGACCGGACGAGGAACCGUGCAUCCAAAGGACGGCAUGCCUGUGCAUCUGAGGUUGGCCAAGUGAUAGAGGAGUUUGGCUCGGUGCUUCCUAGCAAGAACACAUUAUUUGCGAAUGGGCAAAGUGUUGUCUUUUAAAGACGCCGUUGCCCGGAGCUGGCAUCUCAUCACAGGUUGGAGCUCGUAGAUAUGAAUGUUUCUUGCAUACUGUAACA